AUGAACACGGAGCGAGUUCUGCAUUCAGAAGCUGUCUCCUGUUUCCUGUCGGCGUCCGAUAACACGAGGACCAGCCGGCAUGAAGGAGGAUGGAAACGAGCGGCUGAAGAGGUCGGUCGAUAUCUUCUGUUUGUGUCAGAGAGGUGUGAACGUUUCAGGUCAGGGUCUCCUGAGAGGCUGAAUGUGCCAGAGAAGAAGAGGAAGAAGAGGAAGAAGAGGAUCCAUAUUGAUGAGGACUUUUACAUUGAUGUUGGAGGAAGAGGAAGUGUGAGGCCUUCUGGGACCAACGAGUACUUCUUCGACCGCGACCCGGACAUCUUCCGCCACAUCCUGAACUUCUACCGGACCGGGAAGCUGCACUACCCGCGGCAGGAGUGCAUCUCCGCGUACGACGAGGAGCUCGCGUUCUUCGGGAUCAUCCCGGAGAUCAUCGGGGACUGCUGCUACGAGGAGUACAAGGACCGGCGGCGGGAGAACCAGGAGCGGAUCCAGGACGACGAGGACAUGGAUCAGACCAACGACCUGGUCGCGGCGGACCUGAGCUUCCGGGAGACCAUGUGGCGCGCCUUUGAGAACCCGCACACCUCCACCAUGGCGCUGGUCUUCUACUACGUCACCGGCUUCUUCAUCGCGGUGUCGGUUCUGGCCAACGUGGUGGAGACGGUCCCGUGCGGACCGGCGCCGAACCGCGUCAAGGAGGUCUCGUGCGGCGACCGGUACGCGCUGGCCUUCUUCUGCCUGGACACCGCGUGCGUCAUGAUCUUCACGGUGGAGUACCUACUGCGCCUGCUCGCCGCGCCGAGCCGCUACAAGUUCGUGAAGAGCGUCAUGAGCAUCAUCGACGUGGUGGCCAUCAUGCCGUACUACAUCGGCCUCGUGAUGACCGACAACGAGGACGUCAGCGGCGCCUUCGUCACUCUGCGCGUCUUCAGGGUGUUUCGGAUUUUCAAGUUCUCGCGGCACUCCGCGGGACUUCGCAUCCUGGGCUACACGCUGAAGAGUUGCGCGUCCGAGCUCGGCUUCCUGCUCUUCUCCCUCACCAUGGCCAUCAUCAUCUUCGCCACCGUCAUGUUCUACGCCGAGAAGGGCUCCAGCGCCAGCAAGUUCACCAGCAUCCCGGCCGCCUUCUGGUACACCAUCGUCACCAUGACGACGCUCGGAUAUGGUGACAUGGUACCAAAGACCAUCAUGGGGAAGAUCUUUGGCUCCGUCUGCUCUCUAAGCGGCGUGCUGGUCAUUGCCCUGCCGGUUCCCGUCAUCGUCUCCAACUUCAGCCGAAUCUACCACCAGAGCCAGAGAGCCGAGAAGAGACGAGCGCAGAAGAAAACCAGGCUUGCUAGAAUUCACGUGGUGAAGAGCGGAGGGGCUAACGCUUAUUUGCAGUACAAACAAAGCCGGCUGCUGAUUGACCUCGAUGAGGAGGCGUCCAAGGAAGCCGGACAAGCGCUGGUGUGUAAGGCCAACCCCGGCUUUGAGGUGCAUCAUCAUCACCUUCUGCACUGUCUGGAGAAGACCACGAACCACGAGUUUGUGGACGAGAAAACAUACGAAGCGAGCUACAGGGACGUGACUCUGGUGAAUCAGGUGUCCCGGUCUUCCUCCACCUCCUCCUCUUCCUCACCGCACGGCCUUAGCUCCUGCUGCAGCCGCAGGAAGAGGAAGACCUUCAACGUCCCCAACUCCAACAUGUCUGUGGGUCUGCAGGGCAGCAUCCAGGAACUGAGCACCAUCCAGAUCAGAGACAGACCGUUCAAAAACAGUCGAUCCAGUCUGAACGCCAAAUUUGAGGAGACGGUUCCUCUGAAUUGCGACCAGUCGUACAUCACCGCCGCCGUCAUCAGCAUGCCCACUCCACCCGGCACCACCCCUGAAGGCGACGACUCAACCAGCUCCACCAACUACUCCCAGGCCAACAUCGUCCGGGUCUCCGCUCUGUAG